AUGGUGAACGACGAUGAAAAGGUUGAAGCGGUCGCUUUGGAGCACCAAAGCUUCGAUGCUGUCAAUGACACGGAACUGGCGAGGCAAGCAGCCGAGGCCGAUCACAAUCUUGGCCUCCUGCAAGCCAUCCGCAAGUAUCCCAAGGCCGUCAUGUGGUCGGUUCUGCUGUCAACCUCCAUCAUCAUGGAAGGCUACGACAUCGUCCUCAUCAAUUCCUUCUUUGCACAGCCAUCCUUCCUGAAACGAUACGGCGAGUUCGACUCCGGAUCUAACGCCUACCAGAUAUCUGCAUCGUGGCAGAAUGGUCUGAGUAAUGCGGUUAGCAUUGGCACAAUUAUCGGCGCCUUUGCAAACGGAUAUUUUACACACAAGUUCGGCUAUCGGAAAGUGCUCUUGGCGUCUCUACUUCUCGUUGUCGGCUUUGUCUUUAUCCCCUUCUUCGCUCCCAAUCUUGGCGUUUUGUUGGCUGGAGAGCUGCUCUGCGGUAUUCCUUGGGGAGUUUUUGCAUCCAUGGCCCCUGCGUAUGCCUCAGAAAUCUGCCCAAUGGCUCUCCGCGGAUAUUUAGCCGUCUACGUUAAUCUAUGCUGGGCUUUCGGUCAGCUCAUUUCGGCUGGGGUCCAAUCUGGAUUCGAGAACAACACCACGCAAUGGUCUUACAGAAUUCCCUUUGCCAUUCAAUGGGCCUGGCCUAUCCCUCUAUUCUUCAUUCUUUGGUUUGCACCAGAGUCGCCAUGGUUCUACGUUCGCCAGGACUUGUUAAGCGAUGCGGAAAAGACCAUCAUUCGCCUGGGUGCAGAUAGAGACACGGCCAAGCAGACUUUGGCCAUGAUGGUCCACACGAACGAGCUGGAAGAGUCCAUCGAUAAGGGAACAUCUUACUGGGACUGUUUCCGUGGCAUUGAUCGCUAUCGUACAGAGAUUGCAUGCAUGGCUUUUGCUGCUCAGCCGUUUUGCGGAUCGGCCAUGGGAGGAACGCCUACCUACUUCUUUGUCCAGGCUGGAUUGCCUACCUCAAUCUCAUUCCAAAUGUCCGUCGGUGGAUUGGGACUCGCAUCUGUGGGAACCAUCAUCUCUUGGUUUCUGAUGCAUCGCCUCGGAAGACGCACCAUGUAUCUGUGGGGCUUGGGCAUCCUGACUACGAUACUGCUCGCCGUCGGAUUUAUCAGUGUUGGAGCUGCUGACUCGGCCGGGGGCAAUUAUGCUCAGGCGAGUAUGGUCUUGCUAUGGCAGUUUGUUUAUUACAUUACUGUCGGCCCCAUAUGUUACGCCAUUAUCAGUGAGGUAUCAUCAACCCGUCUGCGAAACAAAAGCGUCUGUCUCAGCCGGAUCGUCUAUUACAUCGCUCAGAUUAUUUGCAAUGUUGUUAACCCUUAUAUGCUAAACCCCACUGCGGGAGACUGGCGCGGCAAGACUGGAUUUUUCUGGGGGUUUUGGGCCUUUGUCUUUUUCGUUUGGACCUGGUUUAGGCUGCCCGAGACCAAGAACAAGACUUUUGAAGAGUUGGAUAUUCUCUUUGUGUCUGGGGUGAAAGCUAGAGAAUUUGCAAGUUACAAAGUGGAUGCCUAUGUGGACAGGGGCAAGAACUUGACCAAAGAUGCUUAA